CACAGUUCUGCCUCAGCUCUCCAGUCAUCAUCACAAACAAAGACAGCCUUCAGGGUAGUUGGCGCUGUGCUUUCAGGGGGCUAAAAGUACUUGAGAAUCAGCAGAACAAUUGUGAUUGCGAUCAGCAGCUGUCAGAGUGGACUUUCAGAAAAUACUGCAGUAUAAAUUGACCUUUUUGAAAAUGCAAACCUCUCCGAAUGGCUUUGUUCACUCGUGUGGAUUUAUGCCCUGCUGUCAGUGAGUCGUUUCUCCGUCUCAAUUUAUCCUUCCAAGGAAGCCCCCAGGAGACUACAUGAUGAAAUGGACAGUCUUGCUGUUAGAAUACUUCUUUGUGAAAGUUCUGGUGCUGCUGUACAGCGCGGACGGGGAAGCGCAGCAGCUCGAGGGCUUUAUAAUGCUCUCUGGAUCCAAUGGGUCCCGGGAUGAGGAGAGCGUUUCUGAACCUCCACAUACUGAAGACAAAUGUCGGGGUUACUAUGAUGUCAUGGGACAGUGGGAUCCGCCGUUCGUUUGUCAAACAGGCGAUUAUUUAUUUUGUUGCGGCACUUGUGGCUUCCGAUUUUGCUGCGCUUUUAAACACUCUCGAUUGGAUCAGAGCACAUGUAAAAAUUACGAUACACCAGUAUGGUUAACAGGACAGACACCGUAUAAGAAAACCAUCGACCCUAGACACGAUCCAACCAAGGAUAAAACAAACUUGAUUGUAUAUAUAAUAUGUGGAAUAGUGGCAAUCAUGGCACUUGUCGGGAUAUUUACCAAACUUGGACUAGAAAAGGCUCACAGACCUCACAGAGAGAGCAUGUCUCGAGCUGUUGCGAGCGUCAUGCAAGGCGCCCGUCAGGGUCAGCAUGAGGAGGCCAUCGGAAUGCACACACAGCAUUAUGACACUGUGCAAGCGAGAGCAAACAACAUGCGUAAGUUGAUUGUAGCCUACUUCCUCUCUUUCCCCACGAGCUCAGCAUAA